CAAGCCUAAUUUUGCACACGCGGUGGUGUUCUGGCGCCGCGGUGAAUUGGUGGAGUUGGGGUGCUUGCUGCGCCGCGUUUUAUUUUGUGAAAAGGGACACACAGGCGUUUUUUUUUCUCUCCCACCCGCCCCCGAACAAUCCGUGCUCUUCGAGGCUCCCCGACGACGGUAAAAAGAAGAAACCACACAAGGAUUCACAAUGGACACAUCGUCUCCCGAAGCGCAAGUUGCGCCGGACAAUUGGGAGGACCACAGCGUUGAGAUCAACAACGCCGACGGAGACGACGAAAUGGCAAAGUCGUUCUCCAAGCUGAACGUGGACGCGCCGCCGUUCGUGCCUUCCUUCGCCACGUUGCAGAUGGCACAGUUGGACCCUCCAGAGAAAGGCAACGAGGAUUCGCCUUCAGACAAGAAAGACAGUGACAAGGAGGAUUCUGCAAGUAUGGAUGACUCUCCAGCAGACUGGGAAUGUGUGACGCUGGAGGACAGCCCACAGGAUGCAGGUGGGGGUGAUCAGACUCCCUCGACGGGGGAUGAGGAUGAACGCAUGGACGUAACCUCCAAACCACGCAAGAAACCGCCCAAGGACGACGACCAGGGUCCUAAAAAAGAGCACAUCAACGUCGUCUUCAUUGGCCACGUCGACGCCGGCAAGUCUACCAUAGGAGGCCAGCUUCUAUAUUUAACAGGGAUGGUAGACAAGCGGACAUUGGAAAAGUACGAGCGGGAAGCGAAAGAAAAGAACAGAGAAUCUUGGUACCUCUCCUGGGCGCUAGACACAAAUCAGGAAGAGCGUGACAAGGGCAAGACUGUGGAGGUGGGCCGUGCCUACUUUGAGACUGAGAACAAGCACUUCACACUCCUGGACGCGCCGGGUCACAGAUCUUUUGUGCCCAACAUGAUUGGAGGUGCCUGCCAGGCUGACCUGGCCGUGCUGGUGAUCUCGGCGCGCAAGGGGGAGUUUGAGACGGGAUUUGAGCGAGGGGGCCAGACGCGAGAGCAUGCCAUGCUGGCCAAGACGGCUGGGGUUCGACACCUGGUCGUCCUGGUCAACAAGAUGGACGACCCCACAGUGGAAUGGUCUGAAGAGAGGUACAACGAGUGCAAGGAAAAGCUGGUGCCAUACCUUCGCAAGUGUGGCUUCAACCCCAAGACUGAGCUGACGUUCAUGCCCUGCUCGGGACUGACGGGGGCCUACCUGAGGGAGGUGGCGCCCCCUGACGUGUGUCCCUGGUAUCGGGGGCCCCCGUUCCUCGAGUACAUCGACAGCCUGGCCCCGCUUAGCCGGUCUGCCGAUGGCCCUUUCCGAAUGCCUGCUGUUGACAAAUACAAGGACAUGGGCACAGUGGUGCUGGGCAAAGUGGAGUCCGGGUCGGCAAGGCGAGGCCAGCAGCUGUUGCUGAUGCCCAACCGGCGGACUGUUGAGGUGCUCCAGCUCUGGUCCGACGAGGACGAGACGAAUGUGAUUACGUCGGGGGAGAACGUCAAAGUCAAGCUCAAGGGUGUGGAGGAAGAGGAAGUGUCUCCAGGGUUUGUGCUGUGCGACGUGGUGAACCAGUGCAAGGUGGCCAAGGUGUUUGACGCGCAAGUGGUCAUCUUGGAACACAAGUCCAUCAUCUGCCCUGGCUACAGCGCCGUGCUGCACAUUCACGCUGCCAUCGAGGAGUGCUCGGUCAAGACUAUCAUCUGCCUAGUGGACCGCAAGUCAGGCGAGAAAAGCAAGACGCGGCCACGGUUUGUGAAGCAGGACCAGAUUGCCAUCAUGCGCAUGGAAUGCGCAGGCGUUGUGUGCAUGGAGCCAUUCAAGGAGUUCCCCCAGAUGGGACGCUUCACCCUGAGGGACGAAGGUCGCACCAUUGCCAUUGGGAAGGUGCUGCGGGUGGUGGAAUGACUGGGAGCAGCCCCGGAGCAGUGCCACUCUCCCGGCUCGCAGCCGCCACCACCACCCAGGGAUUGCCAGCAGCAAGACGCCGCCAGCUCCACCAACUCACCUCGCCACCGCCCACAGCGGCGCCGCGAGGGGGGCGCGCGCGGCGUCAGCCGGGCCAAACAAGCGCACCGAGCAGCUGCGCCGUCGUCCGCGGGCGGAUGACCGUGGCCCCCACGGCGGUGCGCCGUCUGCAGUCGGUUCGGGACUCGAGUCGGGCCCAAAAUAGAGCGCUAGAGUCAUCAGAAGAGGGUCACUGCAGCACCGCUGUCAUGUGCCUCGUCACAUUAGCAUUGCAGUGUUGGCGAGUUGUUAUGGAGCCAUUCUGAGAAUACGUUGCAGAGCAGUGUGGAUUCACAACGAAAAGCGAAGGGCAACAGCCUUUUCUGUGCCCUUUGCUUCUGCAUCCACUUUGUUUCAUGCUCUCGCUUCAGAUGUUCUGCAUCAUUACCAAGGACAUUAAUUGCCUGAGGCUAAAUGUUAUUUAAGAGAGCUGGAAUUUCAAGGAAUAAAACAAGUGUGCAGAAAAGCAUCAUCGUGCAAGUUCCUUGAUUGAUUGUGCCAGUCGCCCUCUCCAUUUUAGGGAUAGUCCAUAUCUUCAUCGACUUGCAGGUUAGCUCGUGCCUUUUCUAUGGCCAUGGAAAUAAAAAUGUUUUCGGCAUGUACAAGCAGAUUUGGGCCAGAUAUAGUGCAUUGCGCACAGAGCUGGGUUGCAUCAUAUGUAUGCCCUCUCCUUGAUAUUCCAUUGCUCAUUAUAGAUUUAUCCCAGCCUAAAAAGGUCUGUAUGCGGUGGCUUGAGGACAUGCCCACUCCCACUGACUUCAGUCUUUGUGACCCAAGCCAGUUGUGGCUUCGAUUGCUGGGCGCAUUCUGGACCUGCAAGUUUUCCCACACUACUCCGGCACUGCAGAAAAGCCUUUUCUGAUGACUCUAGCUAAGGGCCCACACCUUCCAUUUUGCCGUGUGGUGGGGUGAGCUCGGAACCUUUGCAUGGAAACAAAUGGACAACUCUGUUGUGCAAGGGACUCCCUUAGCGGCAGUGCGGUGUGCAUGGGCUUUGUCGAGGGGGAAGGCCAUGCGGUGGUGACGUUCCACCUGGUACAGGUGGCCAAGAGUUUGAGGGGUCGCGGCAAGGCCGUGGUUGAGACACGGAUUUAAAAACGGCCGGCGUGUUGCCCCCACCUCAGAGGACCACUAGUGGGAGGAGGUGACUGAAAAUGUUGCGAGGCUACGGUGGUGGCGGGAAUGGAUGCCAGCGCAAAAUGCUAGUUGCCAAUAAAUAAUGGCCCCUUCCAGGAGUCUCUCGUCUUGCACUUAUUUUGUUCUGCACUUUGAUGCAGAUAGAAGUUUUGUUAUAGAGCCAUUCUACAUGUCCUUGCUAACUGGUGGAAAACAUCGGUUAUGGCCAUAGCAUCAUUUCAGUGCAGUCUCAUAUCGCCAUGUGUCUAGUACCAGGUGUUUGUCAGUUCAUGUAGCUGGUAUCAGUUGUCCUGCAGCAUAUCGGCAGUAUGCAAGUGUCUGCUGGUAUGAGCCUAGUGAUAUAUUAUUAUUGUUAAUUAUGGACAUCUGCAGUAUGUGCUGCAGAUGUCUUUGGUACCAGCAUGCCUCUUUUUCUGGUAUGCCCUACGUAAAAUCUGCAGUCCACAAAGUAUUUUUCUGGCACUUCUGCUGCUAGACUGCAGACUUGAAACUGGUGCCAGCAGUUCAGGUUCGCUGGUACCACCAUACAUCCUGCUGCUAUUGUUUCUGGUGCUGGCUUGCCAAACACCUGGUACCAUUCUAACACAUGUUGCUGGUACUCUUGCUGUCAUUACUCUUGAAACUGCUGUCAGUACAUGCAGUUUCCCUGGUACUACAUUUCGCUUAUAUUCCUGGUACUGGUCUACAAAAUGCCUGGUACCAGUAUUUAAAAAAACACUGCUGGCAUUAGUCGGUUUUUGCUAGCUGGCAAGAACCAGAUUCCCACUGCCUCCUGCGCAACUUGGCUCAAAAUGUGAGGGCCUUCCCCUUGGGCACAUUCCUUGCGCACCGCAAUGAAAAAGUAAAUGGGUCGCCACACAAGUUAGUGCUACUUUGGGCUUGGUCCGACUGUCGGGCAGUCUGCAGACUCGAGAACAGGACAUGCGGGUGCACCGGCCGUCAAGACAGUCGUACCGGAAAUGACCGGCCUACCGAGACGGAGAGACUCUUUUUUUUUUUUUUUCUCUUCCUCCUCUUUUGUAUAGACUCCUGCCAAUUUCUAUUUUGUUGCCAUCUCUUUCCCUGGAUCUUUUCUUUUGCACGUUGUUUAUACUGUUGUGUGUUGCCUUCUGCUCUUUCUUCUGUUUUAUAUAGUAAAUAUGUACAAUUGCCUUUUCUUUAUACCUUGCUUUUUUUUUUUUGACCGCCACACUUGGGUCACCCUCUUUUUAUCUCCCUUUUGGUGAAGACUAUUCAGUCACUCGCUCAUCAUGUGAAGUGUCCUGCAACAUUGACUUUAUUUGCUAUAUGGAUACUUUUUUUUUUUGCAGGGUUUUUCGCAGUUCACCAUGCAUGGGUUUUGGGUUGUCUGGUGAUUAUUGCAUAUCAUCGUGCUUUAUUUUUGUUUCGUACAAGAUACGCCCAGAAUUUGUCGUGCAUUGGAGUUGCAACAUGCAUUUCUUGUUUAGGUUGUCUCGUUGACUGUGUUUAUCUAAAAAGAGAGCAGUGAACAUCUUUGUUUAAUGGUUUUAUAUAAGCACAAGAAAAGUGGAAAGUGCAUGAGACUUUUUUUUUAACAGAUAAAACUGGUGGCGGUUGACACAUGCCCUGUGUUUUGUUGUCUGGGCUGAAAAGAUCUUCAUCGAAAAUUUGUUUUUAUGUCUCGAGGAGAUGAUCAUGCGGUGAAAGGAAGAGGUGGGAGAAUAUUUUUCUUCCCUCCCUUUUUGUUUUCCCCCUUGAUUUUGUUGUUUUUACCAAACUUCCAAGGAAAAACUGAAAUAAAAACGUUUAUUCCAAUCAA